AUGGCGGCGGCCAUAAACACGAGAUUUAUGUUAAUAGUGCUAAAAAAUUCAGUCUGUUUCACUCAGCGACGGUUUCGCGUGAAAACAAAAUGGGCGGGUACACGGCCCAAAUUCCCUGCCACAGACCUUGCCCUGCAAAACUUUGAUGCAACCUACAGCAUCCAGCUCGGGGAUCUGUGGCCGUCCGUUCGCGCGGCAAUGCUCUCCGAACAAAAAUACGGGGCUUUGGUAAAUAAUUUCUCCUCAACAGCCGAUCUGAUAACAGACUUUCAAUCUCAAGGCUGCAUAGAUUUUACCGGUGUCAGAUGUUCCCCGGGUGAGCAGACAGGCUCGCAAACUGACAGCGCCUUAAUUACAACGUCAAAGACACCCGAAACGGAGCCCGUACGCCCAGAUCUAAGCUCCAGUAUAAAUUGCUUCGUUUACCCCCGGGGUGAUAUCUCUCGGUUCAAGCCCGCCAGACCGGACAGUAAUGGGAUAUUGGGCUAUUAUCUUUUGGACGCAGCGUCCGUUCUGCCUGUGUUAGCUCUGGAUAUCCAGCAGGGACAUACAGCGCUGGACCUCUGUGCUGCCCCUGGAGGGAAAACCCUAGCUCUUCUUCAGACUCAGCGUCUCAGGUUUCUCUGGGCCAAUGAUUCCUCAGGGUCCCGUAUAACACGCCUGCACAGAAUGCUCCAGAGUUACAUUCCUAAAGAGUACAGGACAGAAGACAGGGUUCGCAUCACCUCCUUAGAUGGCAGAAAGUUUAGUGAAAUGGAGGACCAGACAUUUGAUAGAGUCCUGGUGGAUGUACCCUGCACCACAGACAGACACUCCCUCAUGGAAGAGGAUAAUAAUAUCUUUAAGAGGUCCAGGACCAAGGAGAGACAGAGACUUCCCUUAUUACAGACUGAACUCCUAGUGGCUGGUAUUCAGGCAGCACGACUGGGAGGUGAGGUGCUGUACUCGACUUGCUCCCUGUCCCAGCUUCAGAACGAGUAUGUGGUGCAGCAGGCAGUAAACAUUGCCCAAGAGGAAUUUGGCAUCACAGUGGAGAUUCAAGACCUCCUAUGGCUCACACACCACUUUCAGGAAACUUUCCACUUUGCCCCCAAUUUGUCUGUGGGAGAGCUCGUCUUACCCCACUUGUGUGCGAACUUUGGGCCUAUUUACAUGUGUAAAUUACGACGAGUCAGGUAGUAAUUUUGAAUGUCACCAGAUGUCAACAAGAAUAUCAAAAUGUCUGUAUUGUUUUGAAAAGUUCAACAAUUAAGGCUGUCACACAAAGCUUGUUUUUAGGUAAGG